AACAAUAACAUGGGAUGACAGGUCAGAGAGCCCCUGUCCAUAGGAGGCUGCACAGAGCCCCACAGAGGUCAAGGUGGGACAGGGCAGGUUUCAGAACCAGGCACAAAACACGCUCUGUGGGGAACACAUAGUCCUUUUCCAUAAUGUCACCAAAGUUGUCUCAGAUCCAGAGUCCUCUGCCUGAGCCAGUGACAGUCAUGACCAGUCUAUCAAUCAGGUCCAAUCUUAAGGUUAAACUAUGCAGCAAUUUGAAUAGGGAAAUUUCAAUAUUGAGUAUUAUUAACCCUAAUCGGAGAUUGCAGAGAAUGAGAGAUUUGUUAGUAAGCUCCCUGAUCCAGCUGACUGUAUGUGGACUCUGGCUGGGAACUUCUCCACCCUUCAUUGACAGAGACACUCAUUCCGAGCCUGGCAGCAUCAUCAAGUGUAACAAGGGCUCCAUCACUGCAUUCUACUGUGUCCUAGGAUUCCUGGGCUCCUUGGCCCUGGGGAGCUUCACCUUGGCUUUCCUGGCCAGGAACCUGCCUGAUGCCUUCAAUGAAGCCAAGCUCCUGACCUUCCGCAUGCUGGUGUUCUGUAGCGUCUGGGUCACCUUCCUUCCUGUCUAUCACAGCACCAAAGGGAAGGCCAUGGUGGCUGUGGAGAUCUUUUCCAUCUUGGCCUCCAGUGCUGGGCUCCUGGGCUGCAUCUUUGCCCCCAAGUGCUACAUUAUACUGCUAAGGCCCAAGAGGAAGACCCUGAUGGGGCUAAGGGAUAAAACAAGUUCUGUGAGGUGA